AUGAUACUAACUGACCAUAUACCCACAGUUACUCAUUUGCCUAGGAAUUUUAAUUCACUGUUAAUCAACUUUGUAUUCAUUUGGCUUGUAUGUGUUCAAACAAAUCUUCUUUCAAACAAAAUCUUAGAGAACUUCGUGUGCAUGCACCGUGACAAUGAUUUAAUUGCCUACGCCACAAAUGGAAAACUUGAGAUUAUUUCUCUUAGAAUAAGAAACAAAAAGUUCACAUUACGCAACCAUUGUGCAUGA